AUGGCUGCCGAAGAGAACGCACGUGCUUUUGAACUCUCCGCAAAAUCUGGCUUAAGACAACCAAGCCAAGGAUAUAAGUGCUUGUCCAUCACUAAAAUUGGGCAUAGGUCUAAGUUUAAAUGGUUAGGAGACUUUGAAGAGCUGAAAUUGUUUGUAGACGGGUAUUUGAAAAUACCAGGAACGUGGAGCUACACGACGAACAAUGGCGGCUUUCAUACGAUGAAAGCCGAAGGUGCCUCCAUAAGCUUUUAUUCUGGGACAAAAACACUCACUGUACAAGGGUCUAAAUCCGAAAUUAUCGGCCAGAAGCUACUACAAAUUGCAAGUACAGGUAGCGAGGAACAAAGCCAUUUUGCAGCAUCAAAUAUUCAAACCAAUUUCGGAAGUGACGAUGACAACGAACAACAAGAAGGUGUUGAAGAACAUGAGACUUCGGACGAGAUUACCGAGGGCUUGAAUGCUCAUACCAAAUGUUCCAAGGUCAUAGAAGCCGCAAUUCGCGAGUUCAGACUCGAGGUUGGCAAACUGCGUUCGUAA